AUGUCGCAAGCUGCUGAUGUGCAAUACCCUGAAGAGGGUUCCGCCGUCGCGAAUGCGCCGGAGGUGUCCGACGUCACGCUUGAGGCCGCUCGCAAGCAGAAGAUUCACAACCUCAAGCUUAAGACCGCCUGCCUGUCAAACGAGGAGUUCAUCCAGGACCUACACGUCUCGGACUGGAGCGAGACGCAAAAGCAGAAGCUCGCGGCAGCCCAUGAAAAGGCACAGGAGCUCCUGAAGACGGUCGAGAGCAGCUCCAAGUGGGCUCUCACGGAGGCGUACGACAUCCAGAAGCUGAUGCGUGUGUGCGGGCUGGAGAUGUCAGUGCGCGAGCUCUACAAGCCGGAGGACAAGCCACAGUACCUAGAGAUCGUGGCGCUCAAGAAGACGCUGGGUGAGCUGAAGGAGCACCCGAAUAAGACCCGCACCGUGUCCUUCACAGGUACGAUUGACAACAGCAUCCAGAAGUUGGAGAAGGCGGAGGAGGAGCUCCGCAGGUCGCAGCUAGACGCGAGCGACAUGGCGCAGGUCCCCGUACCUGUCGUGAAGAGCCUGGAGGACUGCAUGAACGUGACGGUGGUGCAGCACGCGCUGCAGGGUAACGAGGAGCAGAUCAAGGCGCAGCUCGAGGCCAUUGCGAAGGCAAAGGAGAUUCGCAACGUGGCCAUCGCCGACGGUGAGAUGGCGAUCGCUGAGGAGCAGUACUACAUCAAGGCGCAGCUUCUGGAGCAUCUCGUGGAGCUUGUGACUGACAAGUUCCGUAUCAUUGGGCAGACCGAGGACGAGAACAAGGAGUUCGGAAACAUCCAGGACGUUCAGAAGCGCGCCUUCCAGGAGGCUGCCGCCAUCAAGGACGCGAAGCGCCGCAUGAAGAACCACUGUGAAGAUGACCUUAAGAGGCUGCACGAUGCGAUCCAGAAGGCCGACCUUGAGGAUGCUGAGGCCAUGCAGCGCUUCGCAACUCAAAAGGAAAAGAGCGAACGCUUCAUCGAGGACAACCUUGAAAAGCAGAACGACACCUGGCGCAAGAUUCAGGAAAUGGAGCGUGCGCUGCAGCGCCUGGGCACCGAACGAUUCGAGGAAGUAAAGCGGCGUAUCGAGGAAAACGACCGAGAGGAGAAGCGGCGCGUGGAAUACCAGCAAUUUCUCGACGUGUGCGGUCAGCACAAGAAGCUCCUGGAGCUGUCCGUGUACAACUGCGACCUCGCGAUGCGGUGCACAGGCAUGGUGGAGGAGAUGGUCGCGGAAAGCUGCAGCGCGAUCAAGUCCCGCCACAACAAGACCACGGAGGAGCUCGGUGAGCUGAGGCUGCAGGUGCACCAGGAAUACCUGGAGGCGUUCCGCCGCCUGUACAAGACGCUCGGUCAGCUUGUGUACAAGAAGGAGAAGCGUCUCGAGGAGGUCGACCGCAACAUCCGCACAACGCACAUCCAGCUUGAGUUCGCCAUUGAGACAUUCGAUCCGAACGCGAAGAAACACUCGGAGACCAAGAAGGAGCUGUAUAAGCUGCGCGCGCAGGUGGAGGAGGAGCUCGAGAUGCUGAAGGAUAAGAUGACGCAGUCACUGGAGAUGUUCGGACCGACCGAGGACGCGCUCCACCAGGCCGGCAUCGAGUUCGUGCAUCCCGCCGAGGAGGUCGAGGACGGCAACCUGAUGCGCCGUAGCAAGAUGGUUGAAUACCGUGCUCAUCUAGCCAAGCAGGAGGAGGUGAAGAUCGCCGCCGAGCGCGAGGAACUGAAGCGCGCCAAGGUCCUGCAGAGCCAACAGUACCGCGGCAAAACGGUGCAGCAGAUCACUGAGUAA